AGAUCAAAGAUGGAAAAGAUAGAGCACACAGUAGUACCCACAAAUGGGAUAAACAUGCACGUAGCGUCAACUGUAAUUGGUACCGGCCCAGUGGUCCUCUUCCUCCACGGCUUCCCUGAGCUCUGGUACACAUGGCGCCACCAGCUUCUCUACCUCUCCUCCCUCGGCUACCGCUGCAUCGCCCCCGACCUCCGCGGAUAUGGUGACACUGACGCCCCGCCCUCCGCAGCCUCAUACACGGCCUUCCACAUCGUCGGCGACCUCGUCGGCCUUCUUGACCAUCUGGGUAUCGACCAGGUUUUCUUGGUCGGCCAUGACUGGGGAGCUAUGAUGGUUUGGUACUUCUGUUGGUUUAGGCCCGACAGGGUCAAAGCUGUUGUCAACAUGAGCGUGCCAUUUUCCGCCAGGAACCCGGCGAUAAAUCUUGGGGAUGGCUUCAGGGCUUUGUUUGGUGAUGAUUAUUAUUUUUGCAGGUUUCAGGAACCUGGAGAAGUUGAAAAAGAUUUUGCUUGUGUCGAUACUAGAGUACUAAUGAAGAAGUUGCUUUCACUUUUUGGCCCGAUUCCUUUGUGUGUACCAAAAGAAGUAGGAUUUAGAGGAUUGCAAACUCCAGAAACCUUGCCUUCUUGGUUGUCAGAAGAAGAUAUUAAUUAUUAUGCCAGCAAAUUUAACCAGAAAGGCUUUACUGGAGGACUGAACUACUAUCGAGCAAGUAACCUAACCUGGGAGCUCACAGCGCCAUGGACUGGAUUACAAAUCAAAGUGCCAACGAAGUUUAUUGUGGGCGACCAAGACAUCGUCUACAAUAUCCCAGGCAUCAAGGAAUAUGUACAUAACGGUGGCUUCAAGAAAGACGUGCCAUAUUUGCAAGACAUAGUUGUGAUGGAAGGAGUAGCUCACUUUAUCAACGAAGAAAAGGCAGAGGAGAUCAGCGCACACAUAUAUGAAUUUAUCAACGCGUUCUCAAGUGGUGAAAAAGAUUCUUAA